AUGACGUUAAGCCAGUCCAGCAGUGUCACGCCUGCCCAACUUGACUCCGCUUGGCCCCCGGCCCACAUUUGGGAAACCAUGGGCGCGGCUGACCGUGCUAGUUGGCUGGGACAGAUAUCGAGAGACAGGGCCAGGCGCCUUGAAAUGGAUGUAGCGGAGACAGACCUUCGCCACAGAAGGCCUCGUGUGGACCUGCAAGGUGACGAGAAUCUUGAGGAAAACCGUGAGCCACCCCCUGAAGUCAAACCACUCAUCGACAUAUUUCCGGGUGUCUCCGCCGCCCUUCUUACUCGCGUCUUCGAGAGGAAGUCGAAAGCGGCUGAAGUCAUACGCUUCAAAGAGAAGUCAGUCACCGAGCAAAAAGAUCAGGAGGAUAGGGUCUUCAAAAUGACCGAGUCGGGAGGCACAGUAGGCUUCAGGAAGGCAGCGGCAACACUUAAGGACUGGGGCCCCAGCCUUCAAACAUGGACGAGCUGCUUUCUUACAUACGUAGCCGUCAUAGGAUAUCUCUUCGGCGAGAAACAUCCAAAAGCAGUUCCCAACCUACUUUUGUUCAUGAGGCAGAUACUCGACCUCGCUCAAACUUAUUAG